AUGUCGAACUCGAACUAUAUCACCAAAGUGGCUCUUGUCGGAGCUACUGGGAACAGUGGCAGUUUCAUGGCAGAGGCCUUGUUGAAAACUGGGAAGCACACCGUGACAGUGCUUACCCGAGCGAGUAGCAAGAGCAAGCUCCCAGAGGGUGCGAUCCCUAAAAUCAUCGAUUACGAAAAGCUUGACACGCUGGUGGAGGCUCUGAAAGGACAAGAAGCACUGGUUAUCACUAUGAAAAGCCAAGUUAAAGAGGCUGAAUCUAAGCUCAUUACUGCUGCGGCUGAGGCGGGCGUUAAGUGGAUCAUGCCCAAUGAGUGGUGCCCUGAUAGUACGAAUGAGGGCCUACGGAAUGAUGUGUUCAUUUACCCACCUCGAGAGGCAUCACGAAAACUUGUCCGUGAUCUUGGCAUAAGCAACUACAUUUGCCUGUCGACUGGUUUCUGGUAUGAGUGGAGCCUUGCUAUUGCCCCAGCAUUUGGCAUUGACUUACUCCAUCACGCUGCUACUCUGUUUGAUGAGGGUGAAACCAAAAUUACAGUUUCAACCUGGCCUCAGGUUGGCCGAGCGGUCGCCGGAAUUUUGAGCCUUCCGAUCAAACCUGAAGGUUCAAACCCAGAAGCAUGUCUUGAAAAUCUUGCGAACAGGGUGGUCUAUAUCAAAUCAUUCACUGUUAGCCAGAAAGAGAUGUUGGAGUCAGCCUUCCGGGUGACUAACACGAAGGAAUCUGACUGGACUAUUUCCAAAGAAUCCUCACACCAGCGCUACUCAAAUGGUAUGAAGGAGAUGAAAGAAGGUCACCUCGAGGGAUUUAUCAAGAUGUUAUAUACUCGGGUCUUUUAUCCCGAUGGGACCGGAGAUAUUGAGAAUAAGGGGACCAUAAACGACUUGCUUGAGUUGCCGGAAGAGGACAUGGACGAAGCGACCAAGGCUGCAAUCCAGCGGGCAAAGAGCACCACAUCGCAGUAA